UAUUUCUGACAGGUGACCAAUCGGCUUCGCGGUUACAUGAAGCCCAGGCUUUGUAUUUACGGGGCUGCCUGAGGAAUGUAAACUAUUCAACAUGGAGACACCAGUCAAUAAGCUGGAGGCGAUGUUCCAGAAGGCAGAGUCUGACCUGGGAUACCUGGAGAAACAGCUGAAGUUUGAGUUCAUGACUAAAAUGGCAGAAAGUGGAGCCGCUGAGGACAACCCUGUGAAGCUGCUGGAGAAGCUGUCUGCAGUCAAGGCCCGGCACAAAGCCCUCUGCGGGCAGAUGGAGGAGAUCGCCAAACAGCAGCAGCAGUCAAUGGAGGCCAUCAGAGCUCACCUCAGCACCACAGUGCAGCUGGUGGAGCAGCUGCAGAAGAGCGCCGACGUGGAGGUGCAGCCCCUGCGCGAGGCAGAGCAGGCCGCCGCCCAGGCCCUCCUGGGGGACGCUGUGGAGAUCCCAGCUGCCUCUGGGGCCGCAGCCACAGUGUGAGUACGGCCAGACAUUCCCCUGAAUCACAGAAACCUUGCAAGAGCGACUCAUCAGACAUCUUUCAGCUUGUGUUAGCAUAGUGACCACUAGGUGGUGCUGUUGUUCCAAAAUAAUCUGACUCUCCUCUCGGAAGGAGACUAGUGUGAUAGAAACUACCAUUCUAAUUGAAAAAUUCAAAACCUAAGGAUUAAAUUCCAGACACCAAA